GAUAAAUCCAAAGGAGCAGGAAGCCUUCACCUGCCGCUGUUAAUGGAGGGAGUGGGCGCCAGAUUCGGCCGGAUUUCUUCCCGGUACGGACCGACGACUGUUUUCACCGGUCGGGUCCGCAAAUGGAGGAAGAAGUGGGUCCGCGUGAUUCCGCCCAGCUCCGGCAGCAACAACAACAGCAACAACGCCCACCAUCGAUCGGCUCCUACCAGCGAAGUCAAUGAAAUCAACGGCUCCCGUCUCUCGCUUCUCAAGUGGACGCCGAUCACUCCAAGCCAGAACAACGCCAGCGCCAACGGCGGCGCCGGCGACGAGAACGGCACAUCCGAUGGGUCUGCCAAACCUGACGUCGUUAAUGAGGAGCCGCCAAAGCGGAGAUUUAAGUAUAUUCCGAUUGCUGUGCUCGAAGAACAAAAGAGUGAGUCCAUAGAAAUUGCUGAGGACGAAACCAACGUGAUUGAAAGUGAUACGGAUGCAAAUAAAACCACUCGAGCUGAUGGUUUGGAAGAAAACCCAGAUAUCAAUGAUGUGCCAAUGCAGGAAAGCCAGGAAGCCACAGAACAGCAAGAUCUGAACGAAAGCGCAUUUGGAUUGAGUUUGGAUUUGAAUGCACAGGACGGUGAAGAUGAUCCCGACUCGAAAACAAACCAGCCCAAAGGUUUGUGAUAAUCUUUCCCCCAAUCUUUACCCAUUAUUGUUAGUCUAAAUGUUGAUCCUCUUUGGCAUGGUACUAUCCCCCCCCCGAGCAUAUCAAGGGAAAUUUUAAGUUGUAUAGUGUACUGAGAGGUAGAAACACAAAUUCUUUACCCCGAUUAAUUGAGACUAUUUUUCUGGAAUGUAAUGGGACAACUUUCUAUCAUAGAUGAUUUAAUCUUUUUCCUACUGGAGUUGGUUUAAUGU